UUCCUGGUAGAGACAAAAGAAAUCAAUGUUUAAAAAAUGAUAUUUUCUUUAAACGAAUUAGUACACUGGUUGGGACUAACCAUCUUUGAAAUAUGGAUAAAUUUAGUAUCACUUACAAUAUUCACUGUUUUAUUAGCUUUAAAAUUAGAUGAGGAUUAUUUUAUCGGCUAUUCUGGUUGGUGGAUCGUCUUUUCACCACUUUUUAUAGCUGAUGGUUUAAAUACUUAUUUUUGUGCAAUCAUAUUCAUACGAAUGCACAUGGAAGGAAUGAUUAAAGUAGGAAUAUUACGUGGUUUAUGGAGUUUGAUAUCAUUAUUAUUAAUAUUUGUAUUCAAAUAUUUGCUAUGUAAAAAAUUAUCAGGUCAAAGUAAUCUUGAAUAUUCAGAGGUAUUGAGUCCUGUAUUUAUACUGCUUCAAUUAGUCGCAGUUAGAGCUUGUCAACUUCACUGAUUAAGAUCUAACAAUCUUAUUAUAAUUUUGAUUUAUUCAAGCAUUAGAAUUUUUUAUAAAAAAGAAAAAAAAAAUAUUCUAUGAACUUUACCAACAAUUCAAUGCUUGAACAAGGUUUUUUCUAUCACUUUAAUUGUAAUGUAAAUAAUCAGAGCAUAAGUAUUGCUAUUUAUUGCUAAUCAGUUGAUGAUUAAGUAUAAUUAAUUUAUUGAUGAAAAUAUUUUUAGAACUUUAUGGGCGACAAUGCUGAACGUAAUUUUGAAUCAUUGAUUACUGAAUUAAUAAAUAAAAUGAUUUUUUUA